AAAAAAAAAAAAAAAAACAAUUUUUUAAAAGGUUCCGUUCCCAUUUCAUUUCCUUCCGUUAUCCCUUUCCUUGCGCCUUUUAGAAAGAAUGUCUUCUGUGAUAACACAUUAUAUCGAACAUUUUGCCACAGCAGAUAGAGAUGAAAUAUCUAUUGGAAUCAUAUUAACUAUAUCUGCUGGUGUUAUUACAGCCGUCAUUUACUAUUUUGCUUUUUCAGUUAAAGACAAGGAAAAGAGUAAAGUGACAACAAGAGAAGUAAAAAGCUUGGAUGGUUAGUACUUUCUACUCGUAUUCUAUCUGUUUACCGAUCUUUUCUUUUAGUCCCACACAAAAAACCUGAACCUGAAGUGCAAGAAAACAAGGAUAAGCCUGCGGUUGCACAACCGAAGGUAGGUUUAUUUCAAAGAAAAAAAAGACGCAUGAUUAAUUCUAUAUAUAUAUAUAUAUUAUAGGCAGAUCCAUUUUUAGCCAAC